UUUUCUCUGUUUUUAGAGUUUUUCUUCAGCGGUCACAAAGAAUUCCAACUGUCCAACAACAACACCAAGCCGGCCAAUCCCCCGCCGUCUGCAGAAAUCCCCCCGCCACCGGAGGGCGCCGCCCCCACCGAGAGCCCGGAGGAGGAUGAGGAGGAGGAAGAGGACGAGGAGGUCCUGGGGAAGAAAUGUUUUAAGACGCCCAACGGCUUUAUGUGCGAAUCCAAAGCAAAUUCGGUGAGCUAUGACAUCACGGAGUUGGCGACCUCGUCCCUGAUCGGUUUGGUUCAGACCAUCAAGGAUCACAUCACCAAGCCCACAGCCAUGGCCCGGGGACGUGUGGCCCACCUGAUAGCGUGGAAGGGUUGGAGCGCCCCCCAGUCCAGCUGGGACCCUUCUCUGACCGACGAGGAGCAUUACUCCGAUCUCACCGAUGAGCUGAAAGAGGCGCGCUUUGCAGCCGGGGUUGCCGAGCAGUUCGCCAUCACUGAAGCCACCCUGAGUGCCUGGUCCUCGCUGGACGAUGAAGAGAUGCAUUAUGGGUUGGGCUCCGGGGAGAUACGCCAGCUCCAAGAUCUGGAGAGCUUCUACCUGCAGAGCCGACUGCUGAGCUACACCCACGGGGCCUGCGGCUCGGACUUGGGGGGCAGCCUGCCCGGCCUCUCCUUUUCCUCCGCCGUGUCCUUGGCCGCCGCUUCCCAGCAGCUGCUGCCCAUGGAGAGAUGGGGCGCGUCGGAGCCCCCCUCUGCCUUCCAGUGCCCCCCGGUGAACGGCGGUAGGAGCAGCAGCUCGGACAACUCCAAAGCACCGGCGACGGGGGAGGGGGAGGCCCCCCCUGAAACCUGCAAACCCCGGCUCAACCAGUCGCUCCACUACGUGGACAGCAGCUCUCUGUCGGAGGACGAGGUCUUCUACAACUGAGCGGAACGCCAAACCCGCUGGAAGGUGGCCAUUGUGUGACCGACUAAUGAGCCCCUUUUUGCUGGCGGGUUUUUUCAGGUGCUCCUCGGGGGAGGGACUACUCAGACUCCGGCCUUUC